ACAGCAAUAACAAUUCCUUGUUAACAAACAUGGCAUUCCUAUCUCUUGGGAUUACCAUCUUUAGCAUAUUCUGCAUCACUAGACUGCCCAUAUUUGCAUCUGAGUCUGAGGCACCAAAUAAACACACCUUAGAAACCUACAUUGUUCAUGUUGAGGCACCUGAUGCCCACCUUAUGUCUCAUUCCCCGUCCGAAGAUCUAGAGAGCUGGUACCGCUCUUUUCUCCCGGCUACCACAGCAAGCACGAGUGAGGACGAGACGCGACUAGUUUACUCAUACCGCCACGUGUUUAAGGGCUUUGCUGCUAGGCUUUCACCUAACCACGUCAAGGAUAUGGAGAAGAAGAAUGGUUUCAUCUCGGCACGGCCUCAGAAGCCCAUGUCUUUACAUACAACACACUCCCCCAACUUCUUGGGGUUGAGCCAGAACACAGGUUUCUGGAAACACUCAAAUUAUGGUAAAGGUGUGAUUAUUGGAGUGUUGGAUACCGGAGUUCUGCCUGAACAUCCGUCCUUCAGCGACAAGGGGAUGCCUCCGCCACCAGCUAGGUGGAAGGGGAAGUGCCAAUUCAACCACACAACGUGCAACAACAAAAUCAUUGGAGCAAGAUACUUCAGUGCAGAGUACCUAAGCCCACUCGAUGACGACGGCCAUGGCACUCACACUGCCAGCACUGCUGCUGGGAAUUUCGUUGAAGGCGCGAAUGUUUUUGGCAGUGCCAAUGGGACAGCUGCGGGCGUUGCACCACUUGCUCAUUUAGCCAUCUACAAAGUAUGUUGUGGUGAAGGCGAUAUCCUUGCUGGGAUGGACGCAGCUGUUGAAGACAGAGUCGAUGUGCUAUCACUUUCUCUAGGUCUGGAGACGAUUAACUUCCGCCAAGACGCAAUUGCUAUUGGUGCGUUCAGCGCGAUGCAGAAAGGCAUCUUCGUUAGCUGCUCUGGUGGAAAUGGUGGCCCAUUUUCCGGCCUCGUACGAAACGGGGCACCAUGGAUUCUGACGGUAGGAGCAAGCACUAUAGACAGAAAACUGGGAGCCAGAGCAGUGUUGGGAAACAAGCAACAAUUCGAUGGCCAAUCAGCUUUUCAACCAAGGAAUUUCCCGAAAAAGCUAUUCCCUCUUGUUUAUGCAGGGAUGCUCAACGCUUCCGACGAAUACGCGCCUUACUGCUUCAACGAAUCACUCAGCCAGAGCAACAUCCGAGGGAAGAUAGUGGUGUGUGAACUAGGCGGGCCAAGAAUCCAAAAGGGCGCCGUAGUGAAGAGCGGCGGUGGCGUCGGAAUGAUUCUGCUGAACUACGAGGAAUACGCAAACACCACUUCAGCCGACGUUCACGUCAUUCCGACCACACACCUCAGCUAUGCAGACGGGUUGAAAAUCAAAGCAUACAUAAAUUCAACAAGAAAUCCCAGCGCAACAAUUUCAUUCCAGGGCACAUUGAUAGGCGAUGAUCAUCACGCGCCUGUCGUUGCUGCAUUCUCUUCCAGGGGACCUAACUAUCCAAGCCCUGGAAUCCUGAAACCCGACAUUUUAGGCCCUGGAGUCAAUAUUCUUGCAGCAUGGCCCACCUCUGUUGAAAACAAACACAACACAAAAUCCACCUUCAACAUAAUUUCAGGUACCUCAAUGUCGGCCCCACACCUCAGCGGCGUGGCGGCCCUGCUCAAAAGCGCGCAUCCUCACUGGUCGCCCGCUGCAAUCAAGUCAGCCAUCAUGACAACUGCAGACGUCGUGAACCUCGCUCAUAACCCGAUUGAGGACGAGAAGUCCCUCCCGGCCAACGUGUUCGCCACAGGGGCAGGCCAAGUGAAUCCAUCAAGAGCUAACGAUCCGGGGCUCAUCUACGACAUCAACCCCAAAGACUACGUCUCUUACCUUUGCGGUUUGAACUAUACAAACCGCCAGGUGGGCAUCUUUCUACAGAGGAGGGUGAAUUGCUCGGUGGAAUCGAGCAUAGCGGAAGCGCAGCUAAAUUAUCCUUCCUUUUCAAUCAAUUUCUAUGGAAAAUCAACUUCCCAGGUUUACACAAGGACUGUGACUAACGUCGGCGAGGCAGACUCAUCUUACCGCGUCGUGAUAUCGCCACCACGCGGCGUUGAUGUACAAGUUGAGCCUACCACACUCAAGUUCUCGAAGAUAAACCAGAAAUUGAAGUACGAGGUCAAGUUCAAACUACUCGCAUCAGCUCCGAAUACUACAUUCGUUCAAGGAUUCUUGAAAUGGACUUCUCAAAACCACUCUGUUCGGAGCCCUAUAGCUGUCUCCCUAAAAGAGCUUCACUAGUGUGGAAAUGGAAUGUAGCAGCUUCAGAUCAUGUUAUGCUAAGACUAAGAAUCCUAAUAAAAAGCAGAGAUAGUAAUUUUCUAA